AGCACUUGCUUCCAUAUCAUCCGCACAUCUCCGGCCAUCCGCAACCCCUGAGCUCGGAUUGCUCUCCAGCUCCUCAGCUCACCUCUCCCCACCUACGCCUGCCCUCUCGAACACUACUUCAAGAUGGGAAUGACCCACGCGGAGUUCCUCACCUCGCACCGUAUCUUCGGCUGUCUAAAAUGUCAAACCCACCUAACAACUGCCGAGGACCUCAUCUCUCGUCAAUUCAAUGGACAACAUGGAAAGGCAUUCUUGUUUAGUAGAGUGGUGAAUGUGAAUUUCGGAGAGGCAGAGGAUAGACAUAUGACGACGGGAAUGCAUACUGUGAGGGAUAUUCGGUGCGAUAAGUGUAGGACUGUGCUGGGGUGGAAAUAUGAUCGGGCAUAUGUCGCUACAGAGAAGUACAAGGAAGGCAAAUUUAUCCUGGAAAAGAAUCUCAUGGCCGAUGUCCAGUGAAAGGCAGUCGCAAGCUCUUCAAGCAACGUCUUAAGGGAUUCGGCGUGUCAGGCCUGAUUCGGACACUAUCUUAGACUACUGCAUCAAAGGUAUGCUUCAUCACCACAUGUAUCCCCUGCCGCAAGAAGGAGAUUUCGCUUCCGCAAAGCCCAAAAGUGUCACACAUAUCGAGCUUCGGGCGAUUUCGAAUCACACGAGCGUCCACUGGGCGCAAGCUCAGCUGAGAUUGCCAUGCUCGGUCACGAGGAAGCAAGAACCAUGCUCAGGUCACUCAUAUUUCGCGAGCGCUGAGCGACGCGUUUAGCCUAGCACUUACGUAUUCUG